UGAGUGUGUGUGUGUGUGAGAGUGUGUGUGUGUGUGUGCGCGCGCUGACUUUCUCUCCAUAGAGUUUCACUGAGUUUACAUCCGGGUUUUUUCCCUAGGCAAUGGGAGUCGCAGCACCGCCGUUCCUUAGGCAAAGUGAAAUAAAUUCGCCGCACCGACACAAAAAGUAGUCCGCUUUUCGAACACCUUUUCCGGGCACCUCGCGCCGUUGAUCGGCCCGAUUGAACGAACUUUAACGACAGCACGAGCCAGCAUCGAUCGCUCGGUCGCGGAUCGGCGAGCAUCCGGUGCACGGGGGAGUAGUUUCUGUGCCCCUUCCUCCAGCUCCGGGGCGCAGGGAUCUGUGCGGUGCUGAGGCUGAGCUGAAUGAGAUUGAAGAAGAGUUCUUCUUGUUUUGUAGCUUCAGUUUUUUCUCUUUUUAUAAUUUUUCAUCCGAAAAACUCACAGAUACACAAAGUGCAUGACGGCGCGCGGGCAGCAGGCCCCGCACAGCUCCCCCGCCGCUCCCGCACCGUGGAUCCGCGCUCACGUUAUCUCAUUCUCUGAGGACUGCUGCUGAGGCAGCACAGAGGGGUGGAGUCCAGUCCCACAGCCAGGUGCGGCACUUUAAUGCUUCAGUUGGAUGGUUUUCCUACUGGAGACGGUGUUAAGGCUGAUCGAUCAGCUGGCAGACUGACUGGAUCCAUGAUGGAAUUACAGACGUUACAGGAGGCUCUGAAGGUGGAGAUCCAGAUCCAUCAGAAACUGGUUGCCCAGAUGAAGCAGGACCCUCAGAACGCAGAUCUGAAGAAGCAGCUUCACGAACUUCAAGCAAAGAUCACAGCACUCAGUGAGAAACAGAAAAAGGUGGUGGAGCAGCUGAGGAAGGAGCUGUUGGUGAAGCAGGAGCCGGAGGCGAAGCUGCAGCUGCACGUCCAGACUCCUCCAGUGAGCGUUGACAUGAAGCCGGCCAACCUGCUGCAGAGCCAGCAGAUCCCUGGAGGACUGCAGCAGACUCUGACGGUCACGCCGGUCCUCACCACGAAGACUCUACCUCUGGUGCUGAAAGCUGCCGCCACGCCAGCCCUGCCCGGCUCUGUGCUGCCACAACGCCCGCCCACUGUCGCUAUGGUAACCACAGCCAUCACCAAACCCGACUCGCAGAACGCCCCCAUCAACCUGCAGGUGGCCAGCAAGCUGACCAAUCAGAGCUCGGAGCCCGUGCGGCUGGUAUCCAAGAAUGCCAUGGUGGUGCAGGCCACCACCACCGCCCAGCCAAUCAAAGUUCCUCAGUUUGUCCCUCCUCCUAGACUGACGCCUCGACCCACCUAUCAGCCACAGGUCCGGCCAAAACCGGCCACGCCCACCAACGUCCCCAUCGCCCCGGCCCCUCCCCCGCCCAUGAUGGCGGCCCCCCAGCUGCUGCAGCGGCCCGUCAUGUUGGCCACCAAGCUGUCGUCCUCGCUGCCCUCGGCGGCUCCCAUUCACCAGGUCCGCAUCGUUAACGGACAGCCCUGCAGUAAGACCGGCUCCACCCCGCUGACGGGCAUCGUCAUCACCACGCCGGUCUCUGCUACCCCCACCCGCCUCGCCAGCCCCGCCCAGGCACCCAACACCACCCCUAUCCCCACCCCCGCCCAGCCGAUCCAGAUCAGCAGCCUGACCACCGAGCCCAAGCAGACUGUUAAAUCAGGAGGCGGAGCUGAGCCGAAGGCCGUCGUCAGCCUCCCCUCUUCCUCCACUCCUCCGUUGUCUCCUCCUCCCAGACCCAAGAAGGAGGAGAACCCAGAGAAACUGGCCUUCAUGGUGUCUUUGGGCCUCGUGACACAUGACCACUUGGAAGAAAUCCAGAGCAAAAGACAGGAGAGGAAGAGGAGAACGACGGCCAACCCGGUGUACAGCGGCGCCGUGUUCGAACCCGAGAGGAAAAAGAGUGCAGUGAGUUACCUGAACAGCCCUCUGCACCAGGGGACCAGGAAGAGAGGUCGCCCACCCAAAUACAGCAGCGUCCCGGAGCUGGGCAGCCUCACCCCGACCUCCCCCUCCAGCCCCGUCCAUCCCCUCCCCCUGCCCAGCCCCAGCUCUGGGGAUGGAGACAUCCAUGAGGAUUUCUGCACUGUGUGCAGACGCAGUGGCCAGUUGCUCAUGUGCGACACGUGUUCUCGUGUUUAUCACCUGGACUGCCUGGAUCCACCCCUGAAAACCAUUCCUAAAGGCAUGUGGAUCUGUCCAAAAUGUCAAGAUCAGAUCCUGAAAAAAGAAGAAGCCAUUCCCUGGCCGGGUACUCUGGCUAUCGUUCAUUCCUACAUCGCUUACAAAGAAGCUAAAGAAGAAGAGAAACAGAAACUGAUGAAGUGGAGCUCUGAACUGAAACUGGAGCGAGAGCAACUCGAACAGAGAGUCAAGCAACUCAGCAACUCCAUAACGAAAUGCAUGGAGACCAAAAACACCAUCCUGGCUCGUCAGAAAGAGAUGCAGCUUUCCCUGGAAAAAGUCAAACACCUGAUUCGCCUCAUCCAAGCCUUCAAUUUCAACCAAGCUCUCGCGGAAACAGAGGGUAAGGACGUCAGCGCCAGAGUCCAGGACAGUGCUGAAGGUGCAGUCGGCUCCAAAGCUGCACCAGAAGCCAACUCUGUAGAGAAGGUGAAGGCUGGGAUCUCCACGGACGGCAGUAACGCUGAAGGGAACGACAAACCAGAGGAGCACGGAGCUGCAGGGAACAACCAGGCCACAGGAGCAGCAGGAGGAGGCACCGACAACCAGGCUGUUGUAGAAGACAGCGCAGUCCUAACAGCAGAUAACAGCCCCGGGGUCGGGGCAGGGGGUAAGGCGGAGCCUGGUGCUGGGGUGUUGGCAGGGGAAGGGGGUGACACUGGUGUCCAGGCGGAGGUUGUGGCUGAGACUGAGGCGCCUCUGGUGGUUGACAUUCCCGCUCCCUCGGUGGUCGCGACGGUCACCACUAACGGUACGGCCGAGCCAGCCUGCCCUGAUCACAGCCCCACGGGAGACUGCACCACCAACAACUCUGAGAACAAGAUGGCUGCCGUCAACCCUCCAGAGACAGCGGUGGAGAAGAAACAGGAGGAGAUCACUGACAGUGACGGCAGCAACAACAACAACAGCAAAACCUCAGAACCCUCCGAGCAUUCUUUGCCAGCUCUCGUCAGCAGUUUGGACAAUAAAAAGUAAUGCUAUGUCUCUUGAGUUGCGGGAAUUCAAACAUAUAUUAAAAAAAAAAACUUUUGCUUGCACCGAACGGUGCCCUGAAGUUGCCAAUCUGUAUAAAUGUUGUUUGUUUGCAUUGUAUUGUCAGACUGUGUCAAUGGUAGAUAUACAGCCCAAGUCACAUGACUCUGGGAAGAUGUAGGCUGCUCCACCCACAGAGCUGGGCUACAGGACAGCUUACAAACCAGUGUCAUCAUGCCAAUUAGUGAUAGACGUCAGUGGUGGGAAUGCUCAAAGGGAGAUUUAAUUCAUCAUCACACCAGUGUGUGCCUGUUAUAGUGGCCCCUGUGUUCUCUUAUGGGGUGGGGAGGUGGGUUCACAUGGGUACAGAGAAAACUGAGAACAUGAAACCAAACAUCUGUCAGGGGUUACUGGUCUAAAAAGCAGUGUUGUGAUAGAGUAUGUGUACCGAAAAGAGAACCUGUUCAUCCCCUCGUCCCAACAAACUUAAUGUGAACAACCUUUAACGUCUGCAUUCCCUCAAACCCCAUAUCCUCUUCCUCCCAACAACCCUUGACCGAAAACCCUCGCCUUUCCCAGUUGACUAACCCUGAACUCCUGCUCCUCUGAUCUCAAACUGACCCUGGUCCCAGACAUCCAACAAGCUCUUUGUUUGAAGCUAUCCGACACCUUUGAACCACCCUAGGACUUAAACCAUCUUCGGUCAGCCAAAAACCUAUGGUCAACGAUCCAAUGUUCCCAUCUUAAUCCGAAAGGUUUCAUUGUACUUCAAAUUAUAACCAGUUCAUACAAAGCUGUUGAUGUCUGAACAUGAGAAGUUGAAAAGCUGGUUAACAUAUAGAAAUGGGCUGGACUUACUUGCCCCAGUCCACCAACAGUUCAGUUUUAAACUCAGUCAACAAAUGACUCCCACAGUGACAAACAAAUGAAGUUAAAACAGUCAAAACAGAAAAGUUAAAAUCUUGCCCACUGAAACCAAUAGCAGAACGGUAUCCUUCCCCUAGUGACUAAAACCCAAAUGUACCUUCCCCACUUCCAUCAACAGUCCAUCAAUGAUCUAAUCGAUGCUUCCUGUUGAACCCAAAAAGGUUCCGUAUGUUUCAAACCCAACAUCAACCCAACCACCAUCCCCAACUUCCAAAUCAGCCUUCAACUUCAACCCUGUUCCUUCAACAGAAAACAUUGUCUAACAGCCUCCCCCUAAACCCAAAUUUACUUUCCCAGUCCAUCGAACAUAUGCUUCCUCUUAAACCCAAAAAGGUUCAAACCCAGUUUGUGCAUCUGAACAGAAACAUUACAAAAACUGUCACACCUGUCAGUUCUAACUUACCUUACUCAGUCCUCCAACAACUCAGUUUGACCUUCUGGACCAGCCCUAAUCCAAGUAACUAAAGGCCCUACCCCCUCCCGGUCAACCAGUGACCAAACAUCCCUUACCAAGAAUCUCAGUUACCUCCCCCAGUCCUCCAACAAUCCAUUUUACUCCUGGAACAACCCUUACCCAAGUUACUUAAGACCCUACUCUCUCCUGGUUGACCAAACGUCCCCAACAGUCCCAGUAACCUCCCGUCCCCCCGUGUGUUUCCCACUCGUAUCCCUGAGCUCAGGCAGAAAAGACGCUGAGCGUCGUGUUCAGCAGGUAUGGAGGACGAGGUCGAACAGGCGCGGUAGCCUAACAGAUGUUUUCAGUGGUGUUGGUCAAGUGUAGUGAUUGAGUUUUCAUUCGUGAGUUAAGUGUGUCAACUGUGAGCACUAAAUGUGAAAUUGCAAUAUUGCAAUGUCAACACACACAAACUAUAUCUGGGCUGUGUUUCUUUUUUAUAGGAAAAGAUAUUCAGGUCUUCCUAGUCUUCAGAAUAAGUGCUUUCUGUUCCUGAACCUGCUGGACUGGCAUUAUCAACACAAAAAGGAGUCCUCUUUUUGAAGUGGUGAUCUUUGCAUUAUGUACAUUUCUGUUGAAUCCUGAACUGCCAAAAUGAUGUUGUAUCCAAAUUCAGCAGGGACAAGUCCACUUACUGUAUUGAAAGAUCAAAUCAUUGGCGUUGUAAGAUAUAGAUGCGACCAUUUCAGAAAUUGAAAGUCCCCAGAUUGAGACAGGAGAGCUUAUUAAACAAUAAUAUCAAAGGAAUUUUUCUUUCCUUGACAUGGAGGGAUUUGUCGUAUGAACCUGCUCCUUCAGACGGAUCUCAAAGGACAAUACCACAAAUCCUGAGAUUAAAGCACAAGCUUGCUGCAUUACAAAGAAGUGCUGAAGAGCUUUUUGUAUGUUAAUAUGGAAUUAAACAGAGUAUGCAUCUCUUUGUUGUGAUGUGACUUAUCCCCACAUUGCCAAUAUUUUUCUAGGAGGAAGUACAAACCCUCUGUCUGACAUUUAGGCUCAAGUCUAGUUCAUAUUUUUGGGGGAGGAAUAGUCGGGCGUCUGCCUCGGAAACCUCUGCGUCCCCUCACAGUUAGACUAGUGCAUCUCUUUUCUUUCUGGAGCAUGUCUGGGCUGAAAUGUGAUGCUGUUAUUUGUUGGCUUGGUGGCUGUCAGUUCGGGUCUGUCUUUGUCUGGUGAACUGAUCAUGACUUCUGGCUUCUUGUUGGGUACGGGGCAUUAACAAACUCUGGUCUGUUCAUUAACGGUGCCUCUGGUUGUGCUGGAACGAUUUUCUUUUUCUUUUCUUUUUUUUGCAAUGUUGGAACGUUUUGCUUAAAUUGUUGUUGUCCAAAAACGUGUUCACCCCUCCCCGAGUCUUCAGCCUGGAUGUUUCAAUGAAGAUUAUCUGGAGAUGAUUCAUUGACGAGGGAUUUGUCGCCAUGCUAGUGGCGUGAAAUGUCAUUAUAUGCUUUUGAUGUCAUCUGUUGAAAUCUCAGAACCCUGAUGAUUAGAUCUCAUCAGCCUCGGCUGAUAAUUAGCAAACGUUAGCAUGCUAACGUGCUAACAUCAGCAUGGUGUUGUUGUGAGCGUGUUAGCAUGUUGAUGUUAGCGUUUAGCUGCUAGCAUGGCUGAUUAACGUGCCUCGUUAAUCAGAAUAUUCAUGAGUGACUUCCUGUGAACGUGCUGAUGGCCGUCGGGGUGAAUACGCGGUUGGACAGCUCUGAACUAAGCCGGUGUCUUUUCAUUCAUAUCAUUCGGACUCUGAAUCCACAUAUCUGACACACCUUAUGUUCUGACAUCAGCUGUACAAACUGCCUUCAUUCAGAAGAUCCCAGAAAAGUAAUCAGAGUACAUCUCUGACGUUUCCACAUGUUUGGCCACAGUGUUGUCUGGUAAAUGUAACUCUUAGAGAGAGUUUAGCCAUGAAAGGAAAUAAUGUGUCCCCCGAUGAAACAUCACUCCAUCGUGUUGUGUUCUGUGUCGGCUCACUCGGGUGGAUCUUCUUCUUCAUGUGUUCACUCAUGGAUCGAGCAGAUAGUCAUCCAGUCGCGUCACUCAACGAGUUUUUCUUUUUUGAACAAACCCAAACUUGUUCCAGACAAACUGGACCUUUCCCUCUGUACAGUAGGUACCUCGAGUGCCUUUCUUCAAACAGCAGAUAAUAUUUGUCUCUUGACUUGCACUGUGACUUGUAGAACCUUACUAACCCUCCAGAUAAUCCUCCCACUCGAACCCGCCCCCUCCUCUCCAGUCUGUCCCAUCCCCGUCACGCUCCACCCGAACCUCCGGAGCACAAACCGGUCCCUCCACCUCAGGCUGCCAGUAGUCAAUGCAAGUUGAAAACUACAUUUCAUAUUAUGCCGUUUAGAUUGACCAGAUAGUGUUUGGUUGUUGUUUAUUAUAGGAGUUGCCUUAAAUGUUUUUUUUUUUUCCUUUUUACGUGAUUUUACACUAAGAAAAAAAAAAUGGCUGCAGACGCUGGCGAAGCUCAGAGGUUGUUUGGCGCCCGGCGGUCGUCUUCGUCGACGAGGCGCUCCAAAGAGGGAUUGUUGAUGACGAUGAGGUCGUGCUCGGUGUGACACGUCAGUUGUUUUGUGAUGCACUUUUUGGUUUGACCAGUAUUAUUAUCAGAGUGUGAGGGGAAAAAAAACAAACAAAAAAAAAAACGUGUUCGUCCUGACCGGUCCUGGAUCAGAACCCACAAGCUUGUUUGUUUUCCUUUGACUCGCUCUUCGUUCCCUCCGUGUCGUGGUUCUUCUUCUUGUGUUUUGGAGGAGGGAUGAGUUUGCUGAAUCAGGUCAUGUGAUCCGGAGCCUGUGUGCGUUGAACAAACCGACCUGCAUCCCGACGGGCAGCUUAGACCCGAUUAGCAACAUCUGUCCACUGAUUGGUGGAGCGCAUGCCUUCUUAUGCAAAUUUUUAUACAAGAUUUGUCAAACUUUUUUUAAAUAUGCAUUUUUUGUUUUGAAGUUUUUAUGUGAAACUCAAGUCACCUUUCUUUUCUUUGAGCAUUCAGCGUGUGCGGCGUUAGAUCGUUAACGCUCUUCCUGAUGUCGUGUUUAACGGGCGGAGCUUCGUUUUUAGGUUUUAGUUUGAACUCGGCUGAUGCACCGUGCUGAAUGUCGUGAUCCCAGCAGGGCGGGCGGCGCUCGAUCAAGUCUUAACGUCUCUAAAUUGUGUCAUUUCUCGAGAAAAGUCGAACUCUAAAAGUGAAUUUUUAUCCAAAGAACUCUGCAGACGUGAACGCGUUCGUGUUUUGAUGCAUAUCAUCCGGAAACUCAUCGUGUGCGUUCACCAAGCUGGAAGACGAGGAGCGCGGCGUCGGAGGAAGUCUUCUUAUGCAUUCGAGAUGUUCAUCAGCUCCCUCUGUGGUGACGUCGUUCGGUCCGACUCAAGUCUUUUUAUUAUUUUUCUUUUUUAAAGCGAUCAAGUCAUGAUUGUGGCCUUCUAGUAUUUUGUCGAUACAUGACAUUAACCUGUUGUUACCGCUCACCAUCCAUCCUGUCCGGACCCAACUGUACACCUGAAGCUUCUUACCUCAUCCACAGCUGAUUCCAUUUGGGGUGUGUUGAGUGCAAAAAAACAAAAAAAACUGAAAAAAAAAACGAGAAAUAAAAAAUCCGAGAAGUCUUUUUUUAUCUUCCAUUUGGUGAGAUGCAUUGUAGCGAUAUGAAUAAAGAAGUUCACCUGGUGUGCUGAAUAAUGUGUAAAUUGGUAAUUACACAAUCUGAAUAUUUGUAUAAUUGUUUGUAUUUUUUCAUAAUGAUUUUGGAAAGGAAUGUGUUUAUUUUUUUGACUUCUGUUCCAGAUGUGUCUUCUGUUGGCCUGACAUUGUGACUGGUCUGGUGGGAUUCUUACCUCUGUAUUGAGCCUCUUCUGUGAUGAAUUCUUUGUAUGCAGUGUUUAGGAAAUACUGUAGGGAACAUGGGGAGGAGUUGAUAUUAGGAGCAUUUGAUCAAUUUGUAUUUAUUUAUUUUAUCAUUUUGUUAAUAAAUUGUGAAAAGCA